AUGAAAAAUCAUCUUCAAUUAAUCUUUGAUCGAGCUUUCGAUAAAAAACAACAACAACAACAACGAUGGUCUAUCGACACAUUAAAAUAUCAAAUACGAUUUCUACUCGAAGUUCUCAAUCGUAUGAAAGAACAAGAUGUAACCAUUGAAAACAAAUCAAUAAUUGCAUCAAAUGAAUCAUUUAUUCGUCUAGCAUCAUGGAUCUCUCGAAUGAAAGAAGAAUUUAUUCGCUAUUAUUCUCGUUUUGGUCUAGUUCAUUGGUCAAAUAAUGAAAAAAAUCAAUGGUCUAGUCAUUCAACAACAGUUAAGAAUACUGAUCUAUUAAAUAUUGAUGAAAUUCAAUAUCCGAUAAAGUUCGAGGCAAAUCAACGUGAAAAUGGUGAUAAAAUUCAAAUUAUUGUCUAUAUCAAAAUAAAUGAAGCAACUAUUGUUGAAUUACCGAUUGGCAAUUGGCACGAGAAAGAAAUCGGAACUAUGCUUGAAAUAUUUCUUAGAGCAUUAACUAUUUUUUGUCAGUUACUUUUAUAG